GACACAGCCGUGGAGAAAUCUAGGGAAAGACUAGUGGAACAAGAUGGCUGAUGUGGGACCAGAAGAGAGUUUUAUCUUCUUUGUAACAAAAUAACGGAGGACACAAGCAUCCGGAAAUACUGUGGAAUUGAUCUUUUAUUCCGUAGUCGUGUAGUUAAAUGUGUUUUUUCUUUGUAAGUGGUAUUUUUCCUUACAAAAACCUGAGUGAAAAAAACUUUUUUGGACAUUUUCUUCAUUUUUGCGGAUUUCUGAUUAAAUAGUAAAAGAAGGAUAUUUUGUAAUAUUUUAUAACAAAUCGAGUGACUUAACAAGGCUGUGUUGAAAGGUAUAUAGCAUACUUUGUUAAAAAAAGAAAAGAAAUGAGUUCUAGUCGAAACCGUUGUCAAGCAGCCAGAACUCCGAACAACGCGCAUGCGCAGAAACAGCAGCCGGUUGAAGGGCUCGAGAUGGAGAGGAUGGAGCCGCAGGGAGAAGUGGGGCUCGGGGUCCCCGAAGAUCAGCCUUCUCCAUCAUCUAACUCCAGCUCCAGACAGGCGUGGAGCAGGGACAACCCGGGAUUCGAGCCUGAAGAGGGUAUGGAGGCGAACUGGAGCCCUGGACGGAGAUCCUUAUCUGACACUUCGAGCAGCGGCAGCAGCGGACUGGGGAAUUUCCCCAGCGGGAGCAACGCGCGCCUCCACCGUGGACUUUACCCGACUCCAUCCGCUGAUGGACUUCAUCACCAGCCGCCAAGCUGGGCAGUGAAGAUCCUGGAGAAAAUCAGACUUCUGUGGGGCACACGUCACCUGGAGGAGAGGGACAGCAGCAGAGAGAUGUACCUGAAGAAUGUUCUUAGAGAGAUGAUCACCUACAUGCUUUUUCUCAUCACCUUAUGCAUAUUAACAUACGGGAUGGUGAGCACUAACAUGUACUACUACACCAAAGUCAUGUCUCAGCUCUUCCUGGACACGCCACUGCCAAGCGGCGAGACCACCACCUUCAGGAGCCUGUCCACCAUGGAGGACUUCUGGAAAUACACAGAGGGGCCGUUCCUAAACGGGAUGUACUGGGAAGUGUGGUACAACAACAAGAGCCUUCCGGAGAACCAGAGCCUCAUCUAUUAUGAGAACCUGCUGUUGGGAGUCCCGCGCCUGCGUCAGGUCAAAGUUCUCAACGAGUCUUGUCCUGUUCACGAGGAGCUGAAGGACGAAGUGUACGACUGCUACGGAGUUUACGCAGCCGCCUACGAGGACAAGAAAUCGUUUGGACUGAAAAAUGGCACUGCGUGGGUGUACUCUGAGGAAAUCAGCCUCGGGGAAAGCAGCUACUCGGGUGAGGUGGGCACAUAUCGAGGAGGAGGUUUCUAUCAGGAUCUGUCUCGCACCAGGGACGAGUCCGACAGACAGCUGCAGGAGCUGAAGGCCAACCUGUGGCUGGAUCGAGGCACCAGAGCCGUGUUCCUCGACUUUUCCGUUUACAACGGCAACAUCAACCUCUUCUGCAUCAUCAGAUUGCUGGUGGAGUUUCCAGCCACAGGGGGCGCUGUGACUUCAUGGCAGUUCCAGACUGUGCGCUUAAUGCGCUAUGUGUCCAGCUGGGACCACUUUGUGGGGCUGUGCGAGGUCAUCUUCUGCUUCUUCGUUCUGUAUUACCUGGUGGAGGAGGUGCUGGAGAUCCGCCUGCACCGCCUGCGCUACUUCAAAAGCUUGUGGAACUGCCUGGAUGUGCUCAUAGUAACGCUAAGCGUGCCUGCCAUCAUCAUGAACAUCUACAGGACCUCAGCAGUCAACAGCAGGCUGAAGUUCCUGCUGGAGAACCACAACACGUAUCCGAACUUCGGUCCUCUCGCUCGGCUGCAGGUCCAAUUCAACAAUCUGGCCGCCAUCAUCGUCUUUCUCGCCUGGGUCAAACUAUUUAAGUUUGUCAAUUUUAAUAAGACCAUGAGCCAGCUGUCCAGCACUGUGUCCCGGUGUGCUAAAGACCUGCUGGGAUUUGCCAUCAUGUUCUUCAUCGUGUUUCUGGCAUACGCACAGCUGGCAUACCUAGUGUUCGGGACACAACUCAACGACUUCAGUACCUUCCAAGCCUGCAUAUUCACACAGUUCCGGAUCAUUCUAGGAGACUUCGACUUCUCAGAGAUCGAAGAGUCCGACAAAGUCCUGGGGCCGAUUUACUUCACCACCUUUGUUUUCUUCAUGUACAUGAUUCUGUUGAACAUGUUUUUAGCCAUCAUCAAUGACACUUACUCAGAGGUGAAGGCUGACAUGGCACAGCAACGAUCUGAAAUGGAGAUUACUGACCUCAUUAAAAAGGGCUACCACAAGGCCAUGGUGAAACUGAGGCUGAGGAAGACUGCGGUGGAUGACAUAUCCGAUAGCCUUCGUCAGGCAGGAGGGAAACUCAACUUCGACGAGCUCCGGCAGGACUUGCGAGGAAAGGGACACUCGGACGCCGAGAUCGAAGCCAUUUUUGCCAAAUACGAUCUGGAUGGAGACCAAGAGCUCACCGAGCACGAACACCAGCAGAUGAGGGAUGACCUGGAGAAAGAGAGAGAGGACUUGGAUUUGGAGCGCAGUUCGCUGCCCAGGCCUCUGAGCGGGCGGAGCUUUUCCCGUGGCCAGGAUGACUCGGAGGAGGAUGACGACGAGGACAGUGGACACAGUUCUCGUCGCCGUGGCAGCAGCUCUGGUGGUGUGUCCUACGAGGAGUUUCAAGUCGUGGUGCGGAGGGUGGACCGUAUGGAACACUCCAUUGGUAGUAUCGUGUCCAAGAUCGAUGCGGUCAUUGUGAAGCUGGAGGCCAUGGAACGAGCCAAGCUGAAGAGGAGAGAGGUCCUUAGCAGACUGCUGGAUGGUAUCAUGGAGGAUGAAAGGAUGGGAAGGGAUACAGAGGUCCACAGGGAGCAGAUGGAGCGCCUGGUGCGAGACGAGCUUGAGCGCUGGGAGUCAGACGACGCCAUCUCUCAGGUCAGCCAUCAACACGCUACUCCGGUCGGUGCAGGAGCGCCGCCCCGCCCACGCAGCACUCGCCCCUCCUCCUCACUGUCCACCGAUGGUCCAGACACCGGAAGCAAUGGAGCUGGACAAGUCUAAGACCUCUCCACCAGCUCCUGUUGCCUUAUGUACUCAAGCACUAAAUGAUCACCUUAUGUCCGUAUCACAGUACACUAGCUAUAUAAUCGAUUAUUAAGCUGGAGUGUAUUCUGAUCAUUAAUCAAGGUACAUUGGCACAGUCUUUAAUCAGCUUUACUCCAUGUACUAAGCAAAAUAGGGCUAGGUUUAUGCAUAAAAAUCAUUUUUGGUUUGUAUAUAUUUAAAUAAGUAAUUUACUUCUUAUUUUAAUGAGGUCAUUGUACAAUGAAGGCAUCAUGUGUGAGACGAUUUAAUAACACGCUUCUAUCCUGCCACAGACAGAAUGUAAAUUACAUGUAAAUUGAUAUUCCAGUGUUACUUUCUUAAACAGAAAGUCGGUAAUCAGUAAUGUUCGGUAUUUCCUUUUAUUUCUUUAUCUUCAGUGAUUACUUUGUUUACAAAACGUCACUAGUAUUUAGCUCAGUUAAAAAAAAUCCUACUUUCACCAAGAAUAAGAAUCACAUAUACUCUACAUGGACAGAACGAAAGUCUGCCAUUAAAAUAAAACUGACUUUUAGGUCAAAUUAAUAGGAAUUUUCAUUCAGAUUAUUAUUAUUAUUAUUAUUAUUAUUAUUAUUAUUAUUAUUUCUGAAUGAAAACAACUCGGACGCAGAAACAGAUUAAAUGGCUUUCUAUUCACUACAUAUCCUCACUACAUAGGGAUUAAAGUAAUGACAUUGUAGUGCACUAUAGCAUUUAAAAUGCCAGUAAGUGCCUGAAAUAUUUAUUUUAUAUGUAUAUUUGAUCAGCUGAUUAUACAAAUAUACAAAAAAAUCCAUGUCAGAAAUGAAAUACUUUUUUCCAAAUCCUUUUCUCACACAAAGUUAAUUUAUUCAAAACAUUUAGAAAACAUAGGUGGGCACGGUGGCUUAGUGGUUAGCACGUUCUCCUCACACCUCCAGGGUCAGGGUUCGAUUCCCGCCUCGUGUGUGUGGAGUUUGCAUGUUCUCCUCGUGCCUUGGGGGUUUCCUCCGGGUACUCCGGUUUCACCCCCUGGUCCAAAGACAUGCAUGGUAGGUUGAUUGGCAUCUCUGGAAAAUUGUCCGUAGUGUGUGAGUGUGUGUGUGAGUGAAUGAGAGAGUGUGUGUGCCCUGUGAUGGGUUGGCACUCUGUCCAGGGUGUAUCCUGCCUCGAUGCCCGAUGACGCCUGAGAUAUGCACAGGCUCCCCGUGAUCCGAGAAGUUCGGAUAAGUGGUAGAAAAUGAAUGAAUGAAUUUAGAAAACAUCAUAUAUAGGUUCAAUAUCAAACAUUUAAGCAGACAUUUUUUGAAGGCAUCAUACAAUAAAAAAGUCCCUCUUUUAAUCAUUAAUUUUUUUUUUUAUACAGACUCAGUAUUUUGUAUUUAAUAAAGUAUUUAGUACUUUAUUUUGUAAUAAAAACACAAGCAUUUUGGUUAUUAAAAGAGGUUUUAGUCACACAUUUGUAGUUGCUUUUAGCUAAUAGAGUUGCUCGAGCAUCAUGCUUUGUCACGUAAACCUAUACCAGGUGAUGUAUUCCUUAUUAAUGUCACUUUUAAAAAUGUUUUUUAUUUUAUUUUAUACCUGUUGUAACUUUUAAACAAACUUCGAUUCGGAGUGCAUCUGCUUUCAUGGGAAGCUUAUCGUGUGCUUGUUUGACUCGUAUAGCUGAAGAUUGCAAAGCUUUUCGCUGAUAUUAGUUUUGCCUCACCACAGAAGACAUGAUGUCAGUAUCGAGAUGACGAGAUCCUCAGAACUGUAUCAUCGGUACUAUUAUUAUAAUACUGCACUCCUAUUGUUCUAUUUUCAUACAAACCUUUUUUUUUUAUCGUUACCCAGAUCUCGUAUGAGUGUCAAUACUUUUGGCAAACUGCAUAUUUUUUUGAUACACCUUUUCUCCACACUGCUUUUGGAUAUAUAUAUAUAUUUUUUUUUUUUGUAUAUUAUAUUCAAUUAUUAAGGCUGAUAUUCAGUAUGAUUCAGUAUGGCGCUGUAUCUUUCCGUUUGUCGACGUCUGUAGGUGUAACGUGAGCUCGUUCCAGUGAGAGCAGAACUUCUAUCAGCAAACAGCUCUGGAGACUUGGCUCUGUAUUUCUGAAUGUUUUAAUCAGUAUUACUGUUUUAAUAUUUGGAUCGUUUGAGAAUAAAAUAUUUGCACAUUU